UCCCGCCUGUGAUCUCACUUGCGACACACGCUCUCUACACUCUCAAACAUGUCUUACUACGCCAACAACGAGUACAUCAUCGCCACAAACAACUCCAUCAACGAGAACAAAUACAACACAGAAAAGAUGAAGAACAGCGGCAUCAAGGCUCUGUUGAAGCCGCUAAUGAAGAUGAUUAAGAAGACGACGAAGCGCGUUCCCGCCAAAACCUGCGACACGUGUUACGAGGACGAGCAAAACUCGAACAACGAGUUGCUGGAGCGCAAGAUCUACUCCGAAAUGGAAGCGUGCCAGCCCGGCGCCGCUUUCCUGGUCUACAACCAAGAUGAAAGCUGCGACAUCGUACCAGUGAACCCGGACAACUUCUACGUGCCCGUCCACUUCGCCAGAACCGAUGCUGGUACCUUCUUCUGGACCACAGUCGCCAAACAAGACGAGUUCGCCGCCGCCCACUGCUACACGGAGUGCCAAACCGCGGAACAGCAGUACCCCGCCUUCCAAGACCGCUGGGUGCAAGCCUAAUCAUCUGAUCCAAACAACAACCCAUGUCUUCCAAACUGUGUCUUCCGUGAAACCGUGCUUCCGUUGGUUUCAGCAACCGUCUGUGAUGUUAGCUUUAAUCUUUUGUGCCAUUUAGGAUAGGUUUAGCUUAGGGACUUGCUAUCCUCGUGAUAACUCCACGAAAGCUUUAAUGUAUUUUUCGAAACUUGUGAUAUUUUGAAAAUGUUGAAUUGUAUAAAAUAAAAAGUUAGGAUUAGAUCUUAGUGAGCUUUAUUGUGAUCUUAUUGUAAGCUUUAAUUUUGUUAGGGAUGAUAAAUUAUGAAUAUUUAUGAAAAGAACAUUGACAAAUAAAAAACCUUUUUAAA